GGAUCAUGGAAUAAAACGAUUACUUUUCACUCCUCAUAUCUCUCUCUCUCUCUCAUUCUAAUUCUCUCCUUCUCUCUCUUACUUUCCCCUUUCUCAACUCUGCUUCUCUUCUGUUCUUCUUCCACUCAUCCUCUUCUCCUCAAAAUAGCGACGAAUCCCUUCUUCCCCCUUCUUAUUCCACACCUCUUUCUCUCUUUCGCUUUGUCCCUCUUUAUAUGCAGAAAUUCAGGACACAAAUCCCUUCUUCCCCCAUCUUAUUCCAACUCCAUCUUAUUCAGGACACAAAUCUACCUUCUCUCGACUCGCGGCGGCCAAUCGACGAUUUUCAGAUCCGUGAGCGAGGAUCUCUACACGAAGCCGAGCUUCCACAACAUCCCGGCCGGAUUCCGUCCUCACUUCCCAGCUCCGCACGAUCCUUUCCGGCAAAGAAGCCACCGGAGACGAAUUGGAACAAUUCACUAACUACUCCCCUCCUCCUCCUCCUCCGCCACGCCCGCGUCGCAGAAAGGUACCUCGUGCCGCCUCCGGUUCCAAUUCGCCGCCCAAGGCGCGCAGAGCGGCGAAGAAAGGGCCGGCGAGCAAGAGCCUGUGUCGCUGGAGUUCGAUUUGAACUUUAGAAGUCGACGAUUUGAACUUUAGAAGUCGACGGUUGGGUCAGAAACCGGGCGGUAUUUCGCGGUAUGCCGGUUUGACGGAAAAUACCGGCCGGUAUGUUAAUUUUCCCAUUUUCAGUGUGCCGUUCCGAAUUUGCUCUCAUUUCCGGUUUUCCCGGUAGGACCGGCCGGCACGGCACGGUUUCUUAAUCCAUGAUUUAUAGAUAUAAUGCAAAAACGAAAGCAAAAUAAUUAUUGGAUAAAAGAGAAUUAAAUAUUAAAUGAAGAGAGAGGGUCAACUCCAUAAAUAGGUCAAUAACUAUUGUUUUGGUAAAAAAAUUGUCCACCUUGGCAACUUGAGAUCUCUCCAAGUGCUUAUGUGGCAAAAUUUUAAUUUUGAAUUGCCAUAAUAUUUAUCUAUCUAUCUAUAUCUAUAUCUAUAUCUAUCUAUCUAUCUAUCUAUCUAUACUAUAUAUUAUGGCAAUUCAAAAAAAAUUUCUUGCCACAUAAGCACUUGGAGGAUCCACAAUUUGCCAAGUUGGACAACUUUUUUACAAACAAAAAAUUAGUUAUUAAUGUAUUUAUGGAGCUACCUCUCUCUUCUUUAAUAUUUCCAUUUCUUUUAUCCAAUUAUUCUUUUUCAUUUAUCCAUUUAUUCUUUUUUGUCUUUAAUAAUAAGUUACAUGUUGAUAAACUUAACCAAACAAACAUAAAUAAUAAUUUUUUUAAAUAAACAAAAUAUAAAUAAGAAAAAAGAGAGUGACAUAUAUCACAUUUAUUUAAAUAAAAAUAUCUGAUUAAAACUUAUGAAAUAAAUUUUCUACUCAUUUUUACUAAAUUCAAUUAUAAGUUACAUUUUGAUGAAAAAAUAAACAAACAUACACAUAAACAAUUAUGUUUUAAUCGAUUAAACCAAAAUAUAUAUGAAAAGAGAGAAAAUAAACAUUUGUCAUUCAAUUACCUUUGAAAAAUAAACUAAAUUAGUUUAUAUUUUGUUGCAAUGAAACACUCUCUUAUUCGUACAAUAUAUAUCUAUAAAAUAAAACAAUAUUAUUUAGCAAAAUGUCAGAGUACAAUCUUGAUCGAGUAGUUACAGUUAUUUAUUUAAAAAAAAAUUCUUAUUCAUUCAGAUUAUGUUCUACCUUAAAUUCCUCAAAUGAAGAGGAAUCGCAUGUGCAAUAAUUUGAUAAUGUGACCUAAGUUCACAUUAAUAAUAUUUGCUCUAUAUCAUGUCGAUUGCGCAAGCUCUAUUGAGGUUCUAAGUCGUAUGCUAAGAAAUUUUCUUUCAGACAUGGAGUUAUCUUCGACGAUUAUAAAUCAAAAUUUUCAAAAUGACUUAAGUAUGAUUGUUGACGAACUUUGACUUCAUACCAUAGGAUGAGACACAAGAUUCCUUGAAAAAUAAUAGAUGUGAAGGUUAGAAAAAUAUUUGUUCAGAAUCUACGAUAAACAUCACGUUUCAUCAACUACUAACAUAGGCAUUUACCAAAUAAAGGUUGGCAAUUUUUAGUAAGAUCGUCAAUUGGGAUAAACAUAUUUAUCCAGCAAUCAAGUAUCUUUAUCCAAUAAUCUCAACUCUUAAAAUUGUUUUUCAGUUCGUCUAGACUCGAGAAAAACGAAUUAAUAUAUGUUGUAUAAGAUAAUAAGUUAAUGCAAAUAAUCAAAUGAAAUACACUGAUAUUGUUCAAAUGAUAAGACAUUUUAAAUGCACUUAAAAUAUGUGUGUAUUGGAGACACUCUUUAUCAAUUAUUAAUAUAUAAGCGAUAAAAUCUUUGAAAAUUACACAUUCAACGACCAUGUUAAGACCAAAAAUCCUCGAUAGUGUGUGUGAGUGCCUUAGAUUGAGAUUCUAAGUCAACAUAUAAACAAUGACCACUGGUUGAGGUUUAGUAUAAACUUCAAAAAUUAACAAUGGAUACAUAUUGUAUAAUAUACUAAAUUUAAGUGUCUGGAUAAAAAAAAACAAACAUCCAAAAUGGAAAUGAGUCGAGAUUAGAGAAUUUAGUCAUCAUGAGGGCUACAGUGUGUGUCAAGUUUCAAUAUGGAUGAAUAAAUCCAAUAAUGAAGUAUCUUUAUUAAGAAUUUCUCACUAAAAAGUCGUAAUUAUUACAUCUUUGGUCGAGAGUUCGUCCAAACUCGAGGAUCAUAAAUGUGUAUUGGAUUUCCAAAGGACCUAAAAUCCCAAUCUCUUUCGAGGGCUAAAUACCUCUGAUCACAACCAUAGGUGCUAAAGUAGAAUGAAAAAGAAGCCAAAAAAAGCAAAAAAGAACAUAACCUCUGAUAAGAUGAACAUAAUAAAACCAUAUCGAGCUAUGAUCCCGUCAUCCCUACCUUUUUAUAUAUUAUAUAUCGAACAAUAGACAACCCCAAUGGUUCUUUGACGUUAUGGGGGUAAAAGCGAGAUCUCUAGAUAAUUUUGAGUGUAUAUAUAUACAUGUAUAUGUAAUAUCAAUGUAUACUAUACUUUUUAUUUAACUCAAGAUACGAUAGAUAGAAGAUAGGUAUUACGAAGUAUGUGCAUAAAUUAGAGGUUACAGAAUUAGGGACUAGAGUUCACCUAUUAGAGGUUAGGGUAUAGUAUAAUGCCCCAAAAAAAUCCGGUUAAUUCGGGUCUAAAUAGUAAAACUCAUUGGUAGUAUGAACGCAAGAGUAUAACGUACUCCUGGCGCACGCUAGCUUGAACUAUAUAUAUGUGUGUGUGGUUUAGGUUGGCGUACGCUAAAUAUUAGUGUUUUGGUUGACAAAUUUUGACAUAAGUUCUAAAUGAGACGUGAUAGCGGCAUAAUUUAUGAUUCGAAAACCGAAGCAUCACAAGUGAGUGUGCUAAAUAUUGGAAAUUUCAAUAUAAACAUACUACAAACUUGGUUACAAAAUAUUUAGAAGAUCCAAAAUGAUUUAAAUAUAUAAAUUAUAAAAUAAAUCUCUCCGGCCAAUGGGCCGGGUAAAAGGCUAGUUAUAUAUAGAUAGAUGAACUUAGAACUCACGUAGUCCAACUCACCAAGACCCUUCGUCUCCUCUCGCCUGAAAAAGCUCAUGGAUUCUCCCAUCUUCGUGUUGGCCGUCGGUGAUGGAGUUCAAAUGCAACUCCAAGAUUAUUUGAAGUCGAGUCGAUCACUAUUGUCCACUCGAUUCCAUCCGAGAGCCAGGAAUUUCAGCAGUCCAAACCUGUAGCAGAGAAUAUACAAAGGCGUUGUUGGUGAAUAAUCGGCGGAGAAGACGACGACGGCUGGGUUAACCACGACACUUUCAGGUAUGGACCGCCUUCAUUUUUUUUAUAAGCAUCAGGUUUAGGGCUUUACAAAAAUAGAAGGUUUGAGGUUGGGAUUUAUCUUGUAAUUAACUUGCGCCUUUUUUGUCUAAUUCAUCAAGAAGGUUCAAUUGGUUGGUGAACUUGAUUUAUGCUCCCUUGAAGAAAUUCUAACGAUUUAUACUUCAGGGAUCAGGACAUACAGUUGGCUUUCAGCUACAACAAGCAAAGUUAAACCUACAGGAUUUAUAGGUUUGAAAGAUCCACGUAAAGAACUAAAGAUAUCCCCAGUUAUGAAAAGAUUAGAAAACUUUGAUGGUUUGCCUUCAUAUGAUAAGAGUCUCUCUUUUCUACCUUGUGGUAUCUUUUGCCUUUUUGUGUAAGGUUGAUGGUACUUGUUUUUUUUUAAUUUAUUUUUGUUGGGUCUAUGGUCCCUACACUUUCCACUCAUCAUUCUUUUUGUUUCUUAUUCGUAAAAAAAAAAAAAAAUCUUUUUGUUUCUUUAGUCAUUUAUGAAAUGGAAUAUGAGUGUUCACAAUUUUUGUCCUAUUGAUAGUAGGGGUGGGCAAACGGUUCGGUAAAUCGAAACCAAAUUAAAUCGAACCAAAACCGAAUUAAUGCUAUUCGGUUCGGAAUUCGGAAAGAAAAUAUGGAUAGUUCGGAAACCAGGGUUCUUUCAACUGAACCGAAUAUCCGAAUUUUCGACCGAAAAACCGAAAUACUAUAAUUGCAAGCUCCAAAUGGUGGAUUUUAUGUUUGUAGUUGUUUUUAGACUUAAAUAUUUGAAAUGUUUUAUGACUUAUGUGUUGAAAAGUUUGAUUUUAUCAUUGAUGAUGCAUAUAAUUGAUAUUUAUUGUUUAUAUUAGGGGUGAAAAAUAAUUUAAAAGUGAGAAAAUACAAGUAGCUUCACAAAUUUGGUUUUGGGUGAAAAACCGAACCGAAUUAUAAUUCGGUUCGAAUUCGGUUUGAGGUUUGGGAGAAUUCGGGGACUCGGUAUUCAUAAUUUCGGUUCGGUCGAAACCGAACCGACCGAAUGCCCACCCCUAAUUGACAGGUGGUAUAAUGCUCAACCAAGUGCCAACAUGAGUUAUCAUAGGCCACUCCCUGUUGAGAAUUACGAGGGUGAGCAAAGACACCCUUAUAUCAAAGUUUCAAGGCCGGAAAGUGAAAGAGAGAUUGAGUCUGAUGUUGAUAGUGGGUUCAUAGAUGAAGAAAUGCAAUUAGCGAAUAUGAGUUUAAUGUGGAUGAUGCAGAAAGUGAAGGGUUCAACCACAAUUUUCCUAUUAAUGAUGAAGUUGUUGCAUAUGUUGACAGUGAUUGCGGUGAUUCAGACUAUUUAGGUAGUGUCCAUUCAAGUGAUGAUAAGGGAAAUUGGAGAAGAAGAGUUGAAGAAUUUAAUCCAACGAGGGAUAUGAAAGAUCUAGGGGUGGACAACGGGACGGGAUUGGAUACCCGUCCCGUUUUAAACGGAUACCCAAUCCCAUUAGGAGAGCAAACUCCAUCCCAUGUCCCAAACCCGUACGAAUUAACGGGUACCCAUUACCCGUACGGGACGGAUAACGGGUACCCGCGGGUACCCAUAAAUUUGGGUGGUUUUUUGUUAUUUGGGAUUCCCCUCCCCUCCCCUUCAGUUCAUAAUCAUGAGUGCUCGUCUUUCCCACAAUUGGACAUUUUAUACCACACAAUUUCUGCAUAGAUGGCGCGAAUUGUUAACGGGCAGGAGACAUUCAGUUUUCAAUUAAUUAAGAAGACCUCGCAGCUGGUGAGGGAUAUUGGGAGUCUGUAGAUAUUUGUCAUGCAAUUCCAAUUCCUAUUUGUGUUCUCUUUUAAUUUUUCUACCCUUGCGUUGCAAGGUUUCUAGUAAGCUGAUCAAUGGCUAAUUACUUUCCUUAUUUAUCUUCCCUUAACUUUACAUAUGCACAGAAGCUCAAGUGCUAUCAAAGAAAUCAAGCUUUUUCAAAGAUCUGUAGUUAUCAAUUUUUUUAGUAAACGUCUAUGCGCUUCAUUUGAUGAUCAAUCAUUGAUUAUGAGCUAUGUAUUGACUAUUGUAGUAUUGUAUUUGUAUAGUGAAUAAGUCGUAAUGGGUAUUACGGGUACCCAUACUACCCAAACGGGUAUUAGCGGGUAACCCGCGGGUACCCAAUGUAGAAAUUCUUAAUCCCAAGUCCCAUCCCGUAAUAAAUUUUACGGGUAUUUGGGUACCCAUAACCCUCAAAAAACGGGACGGGUAUGGGUAUACCCAAAUACCCGUUUCCCGUUUUCCACCCCUAGGAAGAUUCUCAUUUUAGUGACGGGCAAAUUUUUAGGGACUUCAAAACAUUCAAAGAGGCUAUUAGGGCUUACUCAAUCAAAAACAAGUUUCCAUUGAGGUUUGUCCAUAGCGAUACUCAACGAGUUCAAGUUUUCUGUGAUAAGAAUUGCAAAUGGAAUAUUUGGGCAUCAAUUACUCAAGAUAAAAAGGCAGUUCAAAUUAAGUCUGUGGAGCUGCAACAUGACGAAUGUGUUCUUUUGUCUAGACACAAGUGGUUUGAUUACAAGUUCAUUGCAAAAAAGUACUUACAAAGGUUUGAAGUUGAUCCUAAAUGGGGUACUGAUGCAAUAAUGCAAACAGUGGAAGAAGACUUCCACUAUAUCAUAACAAGAUGGACAGCAGCAAGGGCAAGGGGCUGCAACAUGACGAAUGUGUUCUUCUGCAUGUUCUACUCAUGAUACAACCUGAAAAUAAAAGUUGAUUUUGUUAUUAAUCAUAAAGAUAAAACCACGAGACAAAGAGAAAAAAUGAAUGAAUUACAUAUGUGAAGAGAUUAACCUUGGACGAAGACCAAAAACCCAUUCAAAUUCAAAGUUUGGUAUAGGAAGAGGAGUCAAGGAGGACGAUACAACUGAUCAAACAUCGUCUUCAGCAAUAGAAGCAUCAAAAUAGUUCUUGUAGUAAUUCAUAAAUAUAGGAGAGAUAGAACCAUUGGGCGAAAUACUACAACACCUUUCAUUUUAAUUAGCUAUAUACCCAAACCAAGAAUAAAAUAAUAAAGUUUAAUAUCUCAUUCGAAUGAUUUGUGACGGAUUUUAUGCAUAAAGUUACCUAAAUUCGCUUUGUAUUAUAAAUUUUAUUUAUAGAAGGAAAAAGUACUAAUACCCCCGUCAUUGCAAUAUCCAAGUUUUCUCCAAUUUGCACCCUAGUAACCACCCCCAUAAUAUUACUGUUUCUCGUAAUCUUCCAAUUUUUUCUAGUCAUUGAUUGUCAACCUUCAUUCCUUUCCUUCAAAAAGCAUAUAUUCUCCAAAAUUUUAAGAUUCUAGAAUAGAAAAUUCUCGUACAGUUCAAACAAUAUGUAGAGUAGUGAUCGCCUGAAUAAUCUGAUCGAAUUUUUCUCUUCCAAUCUAGUCAUGACUUCUUAAGACAGUUGAGAUCACAAUGCCUACAAAGAGCCAAUAUUUUACAAAGUCGUAGUCGUUCGCUGGUGAUUAGCAUAUCAUCCGCAUACUGAUUUGAACCAUGCAGAGAGUGUGUGCUUCGUCAAACGCACCAACCAUAUGUACGUCAUUUUCUCGUUAAACAAUUGCUCAUUUUCUUUCCUUGCAUUUGUUAAUUCGCAAAUUUUCAUGCAUGGUAAACCAUUCAACUAAUAAUAAUCGUGAAUGUUUUAAGUAUUCUUCCAAAUAAGGUUUUUUGUUUCAAAUCAAUAGUGCCAAUUUCACUAUCAUUUUGUAGAUUUAAAAUAUACAAUAAAUUUGUUUAGUGUAAUUAGUUAUGAUCAAAGUUGUUAUCCCGAUUUAACCCAUUGACUCAUUCAACGAAGUGGUUAAAGUUUAAUGUGAGAAUUGAAUUAAACUUGGUUUAACCCAACUUUACCGGGGAAAAAGAAAAAUAUUUAUAGGUUCCACAUGUAUUGUGCUUAGAUAUAUAGGAUUUUUAAUGAUAAAUUUAGAUCCAAUGAUGGUUUAAUAUUAUUCAUUCAUUAGAAUUGAAUUGCAUUUAUUGAUAUUUUUUUUUACUUCUUUCUCUCUUUUAGAAAUAAGAAUGAAGUUUCAAUUAUGAAAUCUUUCCCUCUUUCUUUUUCUUUUCCCCUUUUCUUUUACGGUGCUGAGUUAACGUGCUGACUGAACUAACGGAUCGUCUAAUGUGGAAAUUUAUGUUCUGAACCUAUUUUUCACGUGGAUUUAAAUUAAAAAAAUAAAAGAAUAAUAAAUAUAUAAAGUGGAAAAUAGUAAUAAAAAUAAUUAAUUUUUAUUUAUUUUCUCUCACCAUCUCUCUUCCUUCCCCUUCACUUCCCCAACGAAAUCUCACUUUCCCAUCGGUUAAAAAGAAAAUCUCACUUCCCCAAAUCAUCUCCUUCCUCCCCCCUUCCCGUCCCCAAACUCUUUUUGUACAGUAGAUCUGAGAACUCCCCCUUCUCUUCCCAAAGCUCUCGAACUCAUUUUUCUUUGUUGAUGCUUGAAUGACUCUUCCUUUUCUUCUCCAAUCUCACAGAUCUCAGACUCGUUUUUCUUUUCCGAAGAGUUCUCUUUUCUUCCUCUAUUUUGCGGGUCCGUCCAUCGGCUUCCACGUUGGGGAGACGGGAUGGCUGGGCGACGAGCUGGAGUGGAUCGGUGACUGGUGGUGGCAACGAUGACUAAUCACCAUUUGAGAUUCUCAGAACUUGAGUGGAUAGGUGUCUUCUUUCUAUUUUCGUUUUUAGUUGGCGGAUGAGGAGCUCUCCUCUCCCCUGAGUAUCUAGAUCUAGAACUUCUUGGUUAUUCCCAGAACCAGACCUUUUCCUUUGCUUUUCGGAUUUGCCUCUGCUAUUUUUGAUCAGGAUCUUUUCCGUGGUUCGUCGUUGUCGUGAGGCAUGCUUUGAUCAUUGAUGUUGUGGAAGAGGGCGUGAACUUGGGCGAGGAAUUGGAGGGAAGAAGUGUGGAGGUUUUGAAAUUGAAGAGGUCUUCUGGGUCGGAUGGAGAUGAUGGUGGGAUCGCAACGGCAUCGAGAGAUGGUCGUAGUGAUGGUGGUGAUAAGGCAAGGGAGUAUGUGGUAGCAGGCUGGCAGUUCUGGUUUGAGAAAAUUCAAAUUGAAGAACACGACCUAUCGAACGGGACCGCGGAGGCUCUGCGGGCGGCGACAAAGAGAAGAGAGGGACGUGAGAUAAUUUUUUUUAUUGUUUUUUUUAUUAAAUUUUUUUAGUUUUCAUAAAUAAAAAAUUUAGUUCAUAGAGUAAAAAGACUAUUUGAUUUUUUUUCAUUUAUCCACCUGCAAUUGUUAAAAGAUAAAUCAAAAUGAUGUGAUAAU